AUGGCACAAAAGAGCAAUAUCAACGUAAGAGUUGGGUCAAGUGAAAUGCGUUAUAAAGGUGUGAGGAAGCUUUCGACAGGGAACUACAUCGCUGAGAUCAAAGUUACGAGCCAGAGAAGAUUUGUGUGGCUUGGAACGUUUGACACAGCGGAGGAAGCUGCUAGGGCUUAUGAUGCAGCUGCCCGAGAGUAUCUCGGCCCACGCACAGUAAUAAAUUUUCCUCCAUUAACUAAUCAAAAGGACGUCAAAAGAAGUAGAAAUUAUCUUCAAAAGCUUAAUCGUAAGGAUGUCAUGAUCAACACUUGUGCAUCGUCUUCUGGAUCAGGCGAAACUCUGAAGAGUUCUGAUCAGGAGGAGUUUCGUCGUUUUACAACAGUUACUGGAGUUUCUGUUAUGAUGUCAAUGGUGCGAGACAGAAGCUUAAUAGACGCUUUAAUGAGAGAAGGGUUGAUACUUCCGGACCCGGAGAUCAUCGAUACCGAGCCCCUCAAUCUUGAGCUCACUCUUGCACCGCCAGGGACCAUGUCAAACAAAUAA